AAGCCAGCAGAAAUCGUACGUAGAGAGGCGUAGAGCUAGCAAGCUGUAGCUAGGAGCUAGCGAUCGAGCUCAAUUCGUUCUCAGUCGAGCUCGUCGGCCAUCGACGAUCAGUAGUCCGUUAGGACAACAAUCCAUGGCGAACGCGGGCAUGAGGCCGGUGGCCGGCCUCCUCCUGGUGCUCAACUUCUGCAUGUACAUCAUCGUGGCGGCGGUGGGCGGCUGGGCCAUCAACCACGCCAUCAACUACGGCUUCUUCAUCGGCGCCGGCCUGCAGCUCCCGGCUCACUUCUCCCCGAUCUACUUCCCCGUCGGAAACGCGGCGACCGGGUUCUUCGUCAUCUUCGCCGUGAUCGCCGGGGUCGUCGGCGCGGCCUCGGCGCUCGCGGGGUUCCACCACGUCCGCGCCUGGAACGCCGAGAGCCUGCCGGCGGCGGCCUCCGCCGGGUUCAUUGCCUGGACGCUCACCCUGCUCGCCAUGGGGUUGGCGGUGAAGGAGAUUGAACUGCACGGCAGGAAUGCCAGGCUGAUAUGCAUGGAGUCCUUCACCAUCAUCCUGUCAGCGACGCAGCUCUUCUACCUGCUCGCCAUAUACGGAGGCUUGAGAUGAAAUCAUCACACUGGAUGGAGGAAGAGACUGCAUUGGAAUGGAGAUUUAUCGUUUCCGUACGUAUCGAAUUGAGCUGGUGUGCAUCGGUUUCACGGGACAGAGUGUGGCUUUCCUCGUGUUUUCGUUGUGGGUUUCUUCCAAGCUGCAGAGGCAGUACGUAUAUGUGUAUCUGUUUGUGUGUAUUUCUGUGUGUUAAUUACGUACGGAGCUAAAUGCAUCGGUGAAGCCUAAACUUGGAAGGUUUUAUUUGGAUACUUUAGUUAGUAUUUGUCCUAAUACAUAUUCUAAUCCACUUCAAUCCAUGUGUAUUAGGAUAUAUACUAUAAUAUCCAAACAAAGCCUUAGAGGAUACCACUUAGACUCACGGACUUUGUAAAUAUAUUUCUGUUCUCUAAAUUUAUUUUAUGGUGCGCCACACUGCACAUAUCUAAACUAGUAAAAUAGUGUGUCCUAGGUCCAUUUCCGGACCAUAACGACCAUUGUGGUACACCAUGUGAUAAUUUUAGGGACAUUGGAAUAUGUUU